GCUCUUAUUUUGAAAAUCCCCUACCCAUAAGCCUUCGUAAACCUUCCUGGCUUGACAGCAGUUGCGGAGUUAUUAAUGCGUUUUAACGUGUUUCGGCUAAAAUGUAGUACUUUUUAGUAAGUUUAAAUCGUCCCAUUCAUCCCACUGCAACUAUAAAGACGUGCAAUAAAUGGAUAAACCAGUCAGGACUCGAGGUCCGGCCUCCGCCACCCUCCCCCUGGCGUCCCUGCGCCUGCUGGCCUCCCCUCUGCAGCUGGCCUACUCCUACAUCUGGCAGGUCAUCGAGAGGAGGAACGUCAGGCGCUACGACAAGGUGGAGGAGUUCGUCACCAUGGUGACGCAGACGGUCCCGGAGCUCAUGAGCGCCAAGCAGACGGCCCAGCUGCUCCUGGGCCUGAGGGCGCGGAUCAUUUUGGAGUUGGUCAGAGCGGCGACGCCAGACUGCUUGGCCAUCCAGACUCUCAUCAACAAGCUGAAGAUCCCAGCUGCAAUAAUAAUAAGGGAUGUCGACGUGGAGAAGUCUCAGACUAACUUCAUGGUCCUGGUCCAGAUUCUGCUCAAAAGCGCCGCUGAGAGACAUCGCUUCUUCCAGGAGGUGUUUCCCGUUCAGUAUGGGACCAAGUACGACACUGCGCUGCAGGCUCUUAUCGCAGGAAUGGUGUACAAACUGGAGCAGCUGCUGCCUGUGCCCAACCUCUCAAAGCUGGGCACCAUGAUCCCCAGCCAGCCCUCUGUCCUGGAGGAGUGCGGCCACUUCAUCCCCGACCACGGAGACCUGAGGGUCCUGCUGAGACACCAGAAGCAGAAGGGCUUCCUAACCACCAGUGCCAUCUCCUCCACGGUGGGCGACUGCGUGCUCUCCUCCCUGUCCUUCCUCCCGUGCCCCCUGGAGUCCGUACUGCCGGAGGAGCCCCCGGCCCCAGGACCCCCCGCCGGCAACGAGCCAGAGGUGGAGGUAGAGGCGACCCCCGACCCAACGGACGGCGGGCCUGCGUCGGACAAGGACCCCAACCCCGUCUCCGAGGGUCCCGUCGCGGCGGCCGUCGAGUCCACGGGCGGCGGGGGCGGGGCCCUGGAGAGCCUCUCCGCCGUGCACAACGUCCCUCUCCCUCCACAGGAAGCGCGCACGACUCCGGAGGAGGAGGAGGAGGAGGCGGGCGCAGAGACGCGCGGUGCCUCGCCGUCCAGCCCUCUGCCCUCACGCCACCGCGACGGAGAAGACACGGAGGCCGCGGCGCCGCCUGAAGCCCCCGCCACUGCCGCCCACGAGACAGUCGCAGCUCGGCUGCCCCCUCCCCCCCCGGAGAGGCCGGCCUCCCUCCGGGGGUUCCACACGCCCUCCAGACCCGCCGCCGCCGCGGAGGGCGACGCCCAGCAGCGGCUGCAGAUCCAGCGCGUCACGCUGCACCAGUGGGUCUCCCAGAUGGCCUCCAACAGCCUCUCGCUGCCCCCCCUGCCGCCCCUCAGCCCCCCCAGGGCGGGCCCCGGCGGGGGCGGGACUAGCGGCGGCGGCGGCGGGCACUCGGGCGCCCGGAAGGACCGGCGGCGGCGCGCCAAGUCGCCCGUGGAGCGCUUCACCUGCGACACGUGCGGCAAGCGCUUCGCCUACCAGUCGAAGCUGACGGAGCACCGGCGCAUCCACACGGGCGAGAAGCCCUUCGCCUGCGUCACCUGCGGCAAGGGCUUCCGCACGCAGGCCUUCCUCAACACGCACCUGCCCAUCCACAGUGCGGCGCGGCCCUACAACUGCGGCCACUGCGGCCGCUGCUUCCACCGCAUGCCCAGCCUGAAGAAGCACAUGCUGACGCACAGCGAGCGCAAGCCCUUCCACUGCGGCGUGUGCAACAAGGGCUUCACGCAGUCCACCUACUUCAAGCGCCACAUGGAGUGCCACGCCAGCCGCAGCAGCUUCCCGUGCGGCGAGUGCGCCAAGGCCUUCCCCACCGAGUUCAAGCUGGCCAACCACCGGCGGUGGCACGCGCGCGACCGGCCGCACAUGUGCGAGCGCUGCGGCAAGCGCUUCCUGGUGCCCAGCCUGCUGAAGCGCCACAUGGGCUACCACGUGGGCGAGCGGCAGUACCUCUGCGCGCAGUGCGGCAAGACGUUCGUGUACCUGUCGGACCUGAAGCGCCACCAGAAGGACCACGGGCCCAAGACCAAGCUGCCGUGCCACGUGUGCCACAAGAAGUUCUCCAGCAAGUACUGCCUGCGCAUCCACAUGCGCAUCCACACGCGGGAGAAGCCGUACGCGUGCCCCGUGUGCGACAAGGCCUUCACGCAGAUCGGCAACCUCAAGGUGCACGUGCGGCUGCACAACGACGAGAGGCCCUUCAGCUGCGAGCAGUGCGGCAAGAGCUACAAGCUGAUGUCGCACCUCAAGGCGCACAAGCGCACGCACCUCUUCAAGAAGCCCUGGACGUGCGCCGCCUGCGGGAAGGGCUUCUCUCUGCCGGGCCUGCUGAAGAAGCACGAGGAGCUGCACGCCCGGGACGCGGCGGGGAUCCCCGGGACGCGGCCUCACCGUAGCAAGGCGCCGUCGCACAAGAAGCGGUACGAGGAGGAGGAGGAGGAGGACGGGGGCGGGGCCGGGGAGGGUUAUUGA